AUAUGGUCUGUCUGUCUGGUUCUUCACCCACAUCCACCCGGCAAAAAGAGCGGACACGAGUGAUCGGUGUGACCGGCGACCAGCGACUUGUCACCUAAGCACAGGACAGCGAUGCCAUCCGAUUUAGCCAAAAAGAAGGCGGCAAAGAAGAAGGAGGCUGCCAAGGCCCGCCAGCGUACCAAGAAGACGGAUGAGGUAAAUGAGGAGAGUGAACAAGAGACCCAGCACAAUGGAGCAGAGAGCAAUGGGAUUGUCAGCCUGACAAAGGAACUGGAUGAAUUUGAGCUCCAGAAGACAGAGGCGCGGGCAGUGACAGGUGUACUGGCCUCCCACCCCAACAGCACUGAUGUCCACAUCAGCAGUCUGUCGCUCACCUUCCAUGGACAGGAGCUGCUGGCAGAUACAAGCCUGGAGCUCAACUCGGGCAGACGCUACGGCCUCAUUGGCCUUAACGGCACAGGAAAGUCCAUGCUGUUGUCAGCGAUUGGGCAUCGCGAGAUUCCCAUUCCAGAGCACAUAGAUAUCUAUCACCUGACCCGGGAGAUGGCCCCCAGCGAAAAGACGGCUCUGCAUUGCGUCAUGGAGGUGGAUGAGCAGAGGAUCAUGCUGGAGAAGGAGGCAGAACGACUCGCUCAUGAGGACUCUGAAUGUGAGAAGCUGAUGGAGCUUUAUGAGCGUCUAGAGGAGCUGGAUGCAGACAAGGCGGAGGUGCGAGCCUCUCGGAUCCUCCAUGGUCUGGGAUUCAGUGCUGCCAUGCAGCAGAAGAAGCUCAAGGACUUCAGUGGAGGCUGGAGGAUGCGUGUUGCUCUGGCCAGAGCCCUGUUCAUCAAGCCUUUCAUGUUGUUGCUGGAUGAGCCCACCAACCACUUGGAUCUGGAUGCUUGCGUGUGGUUGGAGGAGGAGCUAAAAUCGUUCAGGCGAAUCCUUGUGCUCAUUUCACACUCCCAGGACUUCUUGAAUGGCGUGUGCACUAACAUCAUCCACCUGCAUCAGAGGAAACUGAAGUACUACACGGGUAACUAUGACCAGUAUGUGAAGACCAGGGAGGAGCUGGAAGAGAACCAGAUGAAGCGUUUCAACUGGGAGCAGGACCAGAUAGCACACAUGAAGAAUUACAUUGCGAGGUUUGGUCAUGGCUCUGCCAAGCUGGCACGACAGGCUCAGAGCAAGGAGAAGACACUGCAGAAAAUGGUGGCCUCAGGCUUGACCGAACGUGUGGUGAAUGACAAGACCCUGUCAUUUUAUUUUCCUCCCUGUGGGAAGAUCCCGCCACCUGUUAUCAUGGUUCAGAAUGUGAGCUUCAAAUACAGUGACAACACGCCACACAUUUAUAAAAACCUGGAGUUUGGUAUUGACUUGGAUACACGAGUGGCUCUGGUGGGGCCCAAUGGAGCAGGGAAGUCAACUCUGCUGAAGUUGUUGAUGGGAGAACUACUCCCAUCUGAUGGCAUGAUUCGCAAACAUUCUCACGUGAAGAUUGGCAGAUAUCACCAGCAUCUGACAGAGCAGUUGGAGCUGGACCUGUCUCCCCUGGAGUACAUGAUGAAGUGUUACCCUGAGAUCAAAGAAAAGGAGGAGAUGAGGAAGAUCAUUGGACGCUACGGCCUGACAGGAAAACAACAGGUCAGUCCAAUUAGGAACUUGUCAGACGGCCAGAAGUGUAGGGUGUGCUUUGCCUGGCUGGCCUGGCAGAACCCCCACAUGCUGUUCCUGGACGAGCCCACCAAUCACUUGGACAUUGAGACCAUCGACGCCCUGGCAGAUGCCAUCAAUGAGUUUGAAGGUGGUAUGAUGCUGGUCAGCCACGACUUCAGGCUCAUUCAGCAGGUGGCACAGGAGAUCUGGGUGUGUGAGAAGCAAACCAUCACCAGGUGGAACAGGGACAUCUUGGCGUACAAGGAGCACUUGAAGUCCAAGAUUGACAAGCAACAAGUGCAUGACAUAUAGAGAAGCAACUCACCGAGCCCCUCACUUAACUUGCAUCAUGGAUUUGACCCACAAGCCCCUGACGGGACGGGCAGGGUCUGCAUUUCAGGAAGGUCCUGAGUAAAACUGAAAUGUAUCAGAUCUGUAAUGCAUCUCAUGAGACAUGUCUGUUGUACAUGAAAUUAAAAUUCCAUUUCAGUUUUGACAAUGAUGUACCCUGCUGAACAUGACCCCAAUCCUUAUUCCCUUCACCUCAGGCUGCACUCUCGAUUGGCUGUUUUCACCUGAAGCAUCUUCAGUGCAUUUUGGAAUGCAUUCCAUUGUGCUGUUGUCAUAGAAAAAGUUUUAUUUUUCCAAAUAUGUGAUGUUUACCCUGAUGUAUGCAGCAGCUUUUAGGUCAUAUUUUAUGAUAUUUAAAAGUUGACUUUUUUCCUGUGUAUAAGAGCAGUAAUGCCUUAUUUAACAAUGUAAAUGCAAUAAAAAAUUUGUCUGAAUAAACAACAGAAUUUGCAAGUGAACACAAUGUUUUAGGUCCCUUAAAUAAACACAGAUCAUUAAAAAUGCAGCUUUUUUUUUCCUUCUACGUCUUUAUUUUAAGACACAUACUAGUACAGUGGUCUUAUACAAAGGCAACGGCAUUUUGAGAAAAUAAACUCUUACAAAUCUGUAAACUUAAAAGUUCCUUUGGAUUCUGGCUUUUGAGCUCCAUGGCUUAAUUUAUUGGAACCGCAUUUCAACCGGCAACGUGUGCUACUGUUCCAGUUGAGUGAUCCUAUUUUUAUGAGGGCAAAGGCUCCCGAUUGUCUUCAGUUUUCAUAAUGAUGGUGUAAUUGGCAACCAAUACUUGAAGCAGUACAGUACAAGACAUGCGAAAUUUGCUGAAACAAAUGCUAAUACCGGAAAUUACGCCUGUAAUUUCUGUGGAUAUAUUUCCAUGGAUGGAUUCUAACCUGUUGGAAGAUUGACACUCCUAUAAAUUAAUGAAAAAUAAAAUGUCUUAUUUGGAUUAGAUUUUCUACAGUAGGCGUUACCAGGCUGUUAGUCUUCACAAUCUGUAAAUACAUGCUUUGUAUGCAUGCUGUGUGAACUACUCGGCUCCAACCUGAGCCCACACACAUCUGAAGCUUGAUAACCUUGAAGUCCCAUAUUCUAGAGGAUACAACUUAUUUGAAGGUAUUUUAUACAGGAGGCUAUAUUUAGAACAACAACACUCCCUUAAAGAUUUCAACUCAGCAGUGGACAUGAUUGACAGACUGGUGCCACGAACCACAGCUGAAGCAGUGCAAUUGGGAGAAAUGUUUGUCUGGCGAUGUU